AUGAGCGAGCGUUUCGCAACUUUCAACCGCACGUUCGACGAGAACAUGAAGGAGAACCUCGACACUGACAAGACGCGGUUCCAGCGCACACGCAGCCGUGACGGCAAGAACAGCCUGAGACGACACGACUCCCAGCCACCCUCAGGCAACCUCCCACUAGAUGCGUCAGGGCAGCGCGGGGAGGCCACCACGGACGGCGCUGAGGACAUGGAUGAGUCCUCAGCUGGAGCCUCCCCUUACCAUGGGCCUCUUUCCCAGACCUCCCCGAGGGAAAAUGAGGGCAACGAAAUGGCGUUAAAAACAACGGCUGGUAGAGCGCUCGUCACCAGCGACAAGAACGACGUUCACGCCGUGAGUGUUGGGGGUGUGUGGUGUGUGUGGAGUGGCGUGUGUGGCGUGUGUGGCGUGUGUGGCGUGUGUGGCGUGUGUGGCGUGAAGGACCCGGCGCUGGCACGGUCUCGCGCCCUGCGGCAGCACAGCUUCUUCCAGCUCACCGUCACCCUCAGACGAGGGGAGGACCUCGUGCCUAAGGACGCUUGUGGGUCAGAGUGA